AUGUUUGGUACUCGUCUUUUCACCUUUUUCACUGCCGCCUUGGCGGGCUCGACUAUCGUGAGCGCCAUGGCUGCUGGACCGGUCGUUGCACGGUCUCCUGGAUCUGGCGCCGUCGAGGCCAUCGCAGCAAAGAGGCAAACCUCUAUCGAGGACCAGACGCUGCCCAUCAUCCAGAAGCUUGUCUCGGACACUGCGCCCUCCAUCUCUAGCAUCAAGGCACUCACCGCUAGUGGAAGUGUCACGCAGGACGAAGUCACCCCGCUCAUCCAGCAAAUCACGGCUUCGCUCAAUACGGCUGCGGCCUCGCUCGCGACUGUGGAUCCUACUGGAAUUACUGUUCGCAGCCUCAUGGAGCGUCAAGACUCACCGACUGCCACCGCUCUUGCUGCGUUCAUUCAGGACCUCGCAACGGCUCUCGAUGGCUUGCUCAACUUCCUCGACACGCUUCCUUUGCUUGGAGGCCUGCUCUCUGGACUUGAUAUCGCGCUCAACCAGGUCCUUCUCGGCCUCUCCAUCUUGCUUGCUGGUGUCUUGAACCUUCUCUCCCGCCUUCUUUCCAAUGUCUCUGUACUCUUGAGCAAUCUCGCUCUCGGCCUCACGCUUGGCACGCUUGGACUCUAG